AUGAGUAAGAAAAUUCAUCGUCAUCAUCAAAAUACUGAGAGACCUACCUUUCAAAAAUUAUUAACCAAAAGUAAAUCUCAUAAAUCUAAUUCAAAUACAAAUACAAUUCAACAUUCAAAUAAUUCUGAAGUAAAUCGAAAAAAUUCCGAACAGAAAAAAUUUAAAGUUAUCUCUCAAAAAUUUCAUUACAUCAUGAAUAAAAGAUUUCUAUUAUGUUGUUUAUUAAUAUCAUUCCUUUAUUUAUGUAUUGUAUUAAUAAAAUCUACAACAUUUGAAAAUAAAUUCAAUCAUAAUGAGAAUGGAAGUAAUGAAAAACUAUUAAAUUCAUUAAGUGCUAACAAAGAGAUCAAUGAUCAAGAUUUCAAUAAUCAAUUAAAUGAUGAAUGUAACUUACGACAAAAAAUAUCUCUAUUGAAAAAUCUAAAUUAUUUAAUGCCAACAUUAUGUAUUGGUGUAUUAGUUCGUAACAAAGCUCAUACAUUACCAUAUUUCUUAAAUGGUAUAGAAAAUCAACAAUAUCCAACUAAACGUAUUACAUUAAUCUUUUAUGUUGAUAAUACAAUUGAUUCAAGUGAGAUAAUAUUAAAUGAAUGGAUUCAAUGUAACAAAGAUAAAUAUCAUAAUAUAAUUUUUGAAGGUAAAGAACGUAAUAUAACUAAGUCAGAAUAUGAAAAUUUGAGUAAAAUGUGGACUGUAGAUCAUUAUUUACAUGUUAUAAAUUUGCGUCAGAAAUUAUUAGAUGAGGCACGUAAUAUCUGGGCUGAUUUUUAUUUAUCUAUUGACGCUGAUGUGAUUCUUAUGAAUCCAUUGACUAUUGAACAUUUAAUUAAUGUUAUGCUUGAUUCAACAGUAUCUACAUCUAAAUCUAAUUUAGAUCAUAAAAUUAAUGAAAAUAUUAUUAUUUUGGCACCAUUGAUGAAUUGUACCUCAUCUGAACAUUAUUCUAAUUUUUGGGGUGCUAUGUCUGAAGAAGGUUACUACCUACGCUCAGAGCAUUAUUUUGAUAUACAAAAACGUCGUAUACAAGGUGUAUAUCCUGUAGCAAUGGUGCAUUCAAUAUUUUUAAUUAAUUUACAAUUUUAUCAAUCUGAACAAGUUGGUUAUUCUCCUGCACCAAUAAACUAUACAGGACCAGUUGACGAUAUUAUAAUAUUUUCUAGAUCAGUACAACGUGCAGAAAUUGAUUUUUAUUUAGAUAAUACACAAUUUUAUGGAUAUAUUCCAUCACCGGUUGAAGAACAAGAUCUUGCAUUAUAUUCAAAAGAUUUAAAUAAUGCAUGGCUUUUGCGUGAACAAGAUCUAUUUGUUCAUUUACGUUUACAAGCAAUUAUCGAUCAAGAGGAUAAACAAAGAGUUAUGCCUUCAGAAUGUUUAUUAAAUAUUGCUGAAAAUCAAUUACCUAAGUCAAAUAAAUUAAAUUUUGAUGAGAUUUAUUUUAUUAAUUUAUUGAGACGCCCCGAUCGUCGACAAAAAAUGGAAUAUAUGCUUCAUCAGUUAGGUAUAAAUGCUAAACAUUAUGCAGCUAUUGAUGGAAAAGAUUUAACCAUGAAAUAUUUUGAUGAAUUAGGAAUUGAACAACUUCCAGGUUAUACAGAUCCUUACCAUAAUCGAUCGCUGAAAUUUGGAGAAAUUGGUUGCUUUUUAAGUCAUUAUAAUAUAUGGAUUGAAAUGAUCAACAAUGGUUACAAUCGUAUAUUGAUUCUUGAAGAUGAUCUACGCUUUGCCCCUGCUUUUGUUCGUAAUUUAAAUAAAGUUAUUAAAGAAGCAGAUGAAAAUGUUGCUAAUUGGGAUCUACUCUAUAUUGGACGUAAAAGAAUGUCAAAAUCAGAGAGACGUGUACCGAAUACAACUAGUUUAACUUAUCCUGAUUAUACUUAUUGGACACUUGGUUAUAUUUUAAAUAGAAAUGGUGCAGAAAAAUUAUUAAAACAAAAACCUUUAAAAAAAUUAAUUGCUAUCGAUGAAUAUCUUCCAAUUAUGUUUAAUAAACAUCCUAGAAAAGAUUGGUUAAUUCAAUUUGAACCACGAGAUUUAAUUGCUUUAUCCGCUGAACCAUUAUUAGUUGAACCACAAAGGUAUACAGGUGAAAAACUUUAUGUAUCUGAUACAGAAGACUCUGAAAUUUUCCAUAGUAAUUAA